AUAGGCAAAUUCUGCCGCCAGCGGCUCACGUUUUCACAACUUGUGCUUAGACAUUCAUCUUCGAACCUCCAGAUGUCAAAUCUUCCACUGUACAGAGAUCCUUGGGCAAAACUAGAUGCUUGGAGGAAGUCACCCGUUUUCCAAAAGACAACUGUCCUUCGGAACCUGUUCCCUGGAUUUGGAAUCGCCGUAGUCGCGUUCACAGCGUAUGUGAUCGCGGACAAUGUUUAUCUGAGUGCCCACAAGAAAGUCGAGGAGAAACAUCAUUAGGCUAGAAUACCAUGAGCAUAUUUGACAUUUCACUUGCUGCAUUUCAUAUUGCCCUGCAUACCUCAGAGAAGGAUGGUUGAAAGGCCGUUUAGGCGUCAUUCUCUGAGACUUCUACAACAUGCUGUACUUUAUUCAUCACCGUGCAGAAAGCGUUUAUACACCGGAUUCUCAGUUUCUUCCACAUACGUGUAAUUGAGCUUUUUCAAGAAUGCAUCAAACUCGUCAUUCU